AUGGCGGCAGAACUGGGCGCAAACGAAUCGGUAGACCCCAACACACUUUAUACCAAGCAGGAAUGCAUAGGGGGCGGCAGCUUUGGCAAGGUGUACAAAGGCCUGGAUCGGAGGACAGGACACACAGUAGCGAUCAAAGUCAUCGAUGUUGAGAAUGCCGAAGACGAGGUGGACGAUAUCAUGGGGGAGAUUAUGAUACUCUCGGGUAUGAACUCUCAAUACGUCACAAAGUACUAUGGAUCAUUUCUGGCCGGCUCAGACCUGUGGAUCGUCAUGGAGUUCUGCUCCGGAGGAAGCUGUGCGGAUCUCAUGAAGCCAGGUCUUAUAGCGGAGGCGGAGAUAGCCGUCAUACUGAGGGAGCUGCUGAUGGGCUUGACAUAUUUGCACGACGAUCACAAACUGCACCGAGAUAUCAAGGCGGCCAAUAUUCUUGUCGGCGCAAAUGGACAAGUCAAACUUGCGGACUUUGGCGUCUCAGGUCAGCUUUCAGCCACCAUGACAAAGAAGAAUACAUUUGUCGGCACACCCUUUUGGAUGGCGCCGGAGGUCAUUAAGCAGUCUGGAUACGACGGCAAAGCAGACAUUUGGUCUCUCGGCAUCACCGCGCUCGAGCUCGCGAAUGGCGAGCCCCCCUACGCAGAUAUACAUCCCAUGAAGGUCCUGUUCCUUAUUCCCAAGAAUCCACCACCACAGCUACAUGGUAAUUUUUCGCCCGCCUUCAAGGAGUUCGUUGAACUGUGCCUGCGAAAAGACCCUCGCGAUCGGCCGAACGCGAAGCAGCUCCUCCAAACCAACUUCAUUCGGAAAGCCGGGAAGCCGGCGCGGCUGCAGGAGCUCAUAUCGAGGUACCAGGAUUGGAAGGCUAGGUACCCGAAGCUGGCUGACGACUCAGAGGAUGAAGCUACACCCGUGAAGAGAAACGAGCCCCUCAAUGAAGACUUGUGGGACUUCGGUACUAUUAGACCUGUUGCGGGUGGUCGGGGCCCGGCGCUCGCCCCGAUGAACGAUGCUGGAGCGAAUGCCCGCAAUGUAUCGCCGCAAAGGAAACCAGCUCCUCACCAGCGAUGUGGUUAUGGCGAUGAAAACGACGACACGAUUCGAGCAAGUCCACCGUCGUCACCAACGAAACGCUUAGCCCCAUUGCAGACUCAAGGAUCGAUGGCAACCACCACUCUAGGCACUGCCUCGAGGAUACCUCUGCCACCAUCACCAGAAAAGAAUUCGGUACCGUUCUUCGCCACUCCAGCUCAAGAGCCUCCGCGAAAAUCUCCUGUGCCUAGCUUUUUCUCUCCACCGCAGAAUCGCGGGUUGGUCACUCCCACAAAGCAACCUCCUGCUCAGCAACCACGGCGCCAGACACCGCUUGCCCAUGCAUACGACGAGUAUCUCCAGCGAUCGAUUGCUGCAGAUAUGGAGAACAUGGAAAUUACACCACAGCAGCGUAAUCCCACCCCAAGUCGGGCUUCGGUCCUUCCGCAAAUGUCUAUCCCCGAGAUCCCACCAUUUCGAGGGCCCGCUGCAAGUGCAGUGAACAUCAGUGUUCCAGCGGCUCAUCACGUCGAGCCAAUGCAAAGCCCAAUACGGAUACAGAGCAAAGCACCAUCCCCAUCACAGCUUCAGAAGCCCUUGCCACCAUUAGUCGGGCAACAACCGCUUCCUACUCUGCCCGGACAGAAGCCACUUCCUGCAACACAACAGUCCUUUGCACCUUUUAGUCCAUCUUCGACCACACGCCCGGAUUCGGCAUCAUCAAACGACCCCUUCGGUGGUCCCCUCAUUUCGGAUUGGAACUCAUUACCUAAGCCACAGCCUCCUGCACAACCGUCAGUACCUGUACCGCCCCCACAUACCACCAAGCCAUCGCCAAUGUCUCGUAACUCGUUCGGCCGCCCAAAACCCACACCCAACCACCCCAGCAUUCUCCAAGCACAAACCCCGGGCUCCCCUACCGCGCCCAUCGAAAUCACAGCGCUGACCGGCGUCGUCGUGCCUGCGCUCGAAGCUGCGCUAUCACGGCGUACAUACCACCUCAAUGUAAAAAACAAGCAAGAGUCAGCACAGUCUCUGGGUGAUCCUCAGGGUUUUAUUGACAGGAAGCGGCAGAGACAGGAUUGCCAUGAUAGAGUCAAGAGAUUGGUAGGUGAGAUCAAAGAUAGGUUUGAAGAGCUGGAUCGGUGGGAUGAGAGGGGGGAGGUGGGUAUGGGCGGAGAGGUUGCGGGUUUUUUGGAAGGGUUCCUAGAGGAGGUUCUGGUUAGAGUGGAACCAGCUGAUGAUUGA